AAAGCCGCCAUAAGUUCAUUACCACGGGCGUACAGUCGUACUUAUUAGGCCCCCCUGACCUCCUCCACAAUACCAGGGGUUUCCCUCUCUGUUUAUUGAACUGCUUCCCUUUUUUGUGCGAGCACAGACGAUCCCUCCAGGUCUAUCGAGGACACAUCUCCAACUCUCAGCCCAGCCCGAUAUUAUCCCUAUUCUUCCGAUCACCACCAUCAUGGCCGACCCGUACCCCUUCAAGGACAAAGUCAUCACCGUUACGGGCGCAAGCCGGGGCACCGGGCUCGCCCUCGUUCGGUACUUGCUCGUCACGGGGGCUACCGUGUCCGGAUGCGCGACGUCCGAGGAGAACCUGGCCAAGGCCAUGGCCGGUAUCGAGCAGGAUCUCCCCGAGCAUAAAGAGCGGGUCUGGUUCAAGGCCGUCGACAUCAGCAAGCCGGCCAUGGUCAAGGCAUGGAUCGAGGAGACUGUAUCGAAAUUCGGAAAGCUUGACGGCUGUGCGAAUGUUGCCGCCAGGGAGCAGCGGAAGAUCUACCCGAUGACUGACCUCGACGCCGACUAUUUCAACGACCUGAUCAACAUCAACGUCUCGGGGCUGUUCAACUGUCUCAAGGAGGAGAUGAAACACAUCAAAGACGGCGGGAGCAUCGUCAACUGUGGUAGCGUCACCAGUCAAUACGCAUCGGCAGGCGUGGCAGCCUACGUGGCAGCCAAACACGCCGUCAUCGGCCUCACCAAGGUCGCCGCCUUUGAGGGUGCACCCCGCAAAGUACGGGUGAAUGCACUCUGCCCGGGUUGUAUCGACACGGAGAUGAUGGCAGAGCCAUUUGAUAGCCCGCUGGGCCAGUUUACUCUCACGGCGGAUAAUGUCCCCAUUCUCCUGAAGGGUCGGCUGGCCGAGACUCGCGAGAUUGCUGCCUCGAUAGCCUUCUUACUUGGAGACGAAAGUAGGUAUGUGACCAAGGCGACUUGGUUUGUCGACGGUGGUUGGACCGAGGGUUCCUACAGUGUGUAGGCAGAAAGUAGAUGUAGGAUGAGUAUUCGUAGCAAUUGAGUCCAGGACUCGAGAUGGCCAUCUGAAAAUCAAACAUUGAAUUCAACAACCA